UGCAUAUUCAUUUCAAUUUUCAAGUUUAGACAGCAUCUAGAAAAUCUCAAAAAUGGGUGGUGUAGGUGUUGGUCAUCUUCCUGUAAUUGCCAUGAUAGGUUUACAAUUUUAUUAUGCAAUUCUUGCCAUUCUCACAAGAGCUGCUCUGUUAGAUGGAUUGAGUCCCCCAAUCUUUGUAGUGUACAGGCAAGGCAUAGCCACUUUGGCACUCACACCCAUCUUUUUUUCCUCUAAGAGGAGACAAUCUUUGAAGAGUUCAUUAAGAUUCAGGAGCUACUCUUUGAUGUUUGCCACCUCUCUUAUUGGAGUUACAGCAAAUCAGAACACAUAUUUUCAAGGUUUGUAUUAUGCAUCUUCUACAGCAGCUACUGCAAUGAGUAAUCUCAUACCCGCCUUAACUUUUGUUAUUGCAGCAAUUUUUGGAUUUGAGAAAGUUGAUCUGAGAAGCUUGAGAUUCAUGGCAAAGAUAUUAGGGACUGUUUGUUGUGUAGUUGGAGCAUUAACCAUGGCAUUGCUGAAAGGACAUAAGCUGUUAAACACAGAGUUCAUUCCUUUUAUUCAUCUCACUGCAUCUCGAGGUGACGAUUGGCUGCUGGGUUGUUCUUUACUGUUAGCAAGUAGUGUUUUCUGGUCAAGUUGGAUAAUCAUGCAGGUACCAAUUUCUUCAUCCUGCCCAGACCAUUUAUUAUCAACCUUCUGCAUGUGUUUCUUUGCAACAAUACAGUCAGCCCUAUUUGCAUUGUUCUAUGGGGAGAAUUUUCAAGCAUGGAUGUUACAUUCACCUCUUGAAAUUUCAUGCUGUUUAUAUGGAGGAAUUGGAAUUGCUGUGAGCUUCUUCAUUCAAUCCUGGUGCAUCUCAAUAAGUGGUCCAUUGUACUGUGCAAUGUUCAAUCCUUUAUCUACAGUUCUCACAGCUUUCAUAGCUGCUACAUUCCUACAGGAAGAGCUAUACAUUGGAAGUUUGGUGGGGGCUGUUGGAGUCAUCACUGGUUUAUAUAUUGUGCUGUGGGGUAAAGCCAAAGAAUUUGAAGAGAUUAAACAAGAGGUGCUACAAUCAAACAUGCAGGGUGAUGAGAUAAGUAGCCAGGUAGAUUUGGAAGAACCUCUUCUUCUGCCAGAGAAGUCAGAACAUGUAGACAAGAGCAAGAUGGAGCCAUGAUGUGACAUAAACAAUCAUAGUUUUGGUGAAACUUGACCAUUUCAGAAUUUAAGAGACUUAAACAUGAACAAAUGACAGCUUAAAGAUGAUUAAUUUCCUUCACCAAAAUUUCUAAUGAAGUGAACCUAAAAGUAAAUUCAAGAUCAUGACCUGAAAAAUGGUAAUUAAGAAAAAGUGAUAAUAUGUCUUGGGGAAAAAAUUAAGAUUUGAUUUGAUUUAUCUCCAUCCAUUUUUUGUGUGAAUGUGAACUUCCAUCCAAUUUUGGGAAAA